AUGUGUCCUGGAACCCCUUGCUGCGGCGUUCCCUACUGUGACCCUGUGUGGGUCAACAGCCACGGUACGCACACCGACUGGGUACACAUCGGCGGUGGCCAUCACUUCCGUGCGCACGAGAACCGCACGGCCAGCGGGCGCGUCGUGCACACACACGAGGCCAGAACUGACGGCUUCGUCAACAUGCGCUACGAGUCGUCAGGCGAUCGGCAGCAGUGGGUGAUUGACGCGAGCACGGCACCAGGUUCAGCGGGCGCCAUUCCGGUCCCCUGUCGCCCCCUCUCGAAUCCGGCACCAGCGUCGGUGGCGGUCCCGGCCUUAGUCCCUGUGACCACACACACUCACACGCACACGCACACAUACCCCAGAGCGCCUCUGAUGUGUGGCCCUCUGUCGAGCUUCUGUUCGUGGAUCAAGCCCGACGGAAGCAAGGCUGCCUCCGACGCUCAGGCGGCCAAGGCUCAGGCUGCCAAGGCCAAGGUUGCCGCCGACGCGCUGGCCGCCAAGGCCAAGAGAGACGCCGCUGCCAAGGAACUCGCCGACGCCAAAGCGCACUACGAGGCGAUCCUCACCAAGAUCCACGAGGGCAAAAAGGACGACGAGUGGGCUCGCUACUGGGCUGAUCUUGGACGGUAUUACAACAACAUUGGGCACCAGACGGAAGCCAAGGGAUCAGUGAGAAGCGACUGGGCGCGACUGGGCGCUUUCGACAUCAACAACUUCUGGGGCUAUCCCAAAUCGUAG